GAGAGAAGUACAUGGAACACCAACACUCAGUUGUAGAAAUAAACCCCAUCAACCUCCCCAUACCAACGUGUCUCCUCCACUGUGAUGUCACUGAGGAUUUGACUCCUGUGACCCUUCCUCAAAGAUUCGUUAGGGUCAACAGAGAGGGAGAGGACAACGACGGUCAAAAAUGUCCGGAGUCAAGGGAAAAGGACAUAGCUUCUGCACUUCAGUGGGUGAAACAGCAAAUGGUAAUUUUAAGAAAAGAUGACAUUAGGCUAAUGCGACGAUUUUUUGAGCUCCACUCCGCCAUGAUGGAACUAAGAUGGGUAUAUGAAGGUGCGAGCUCCAUGUCUGACGUCAGCAGCUACAACGGAAGUAAUAUGUCUCUGGAUGACGUCUCAGAAUCUUCCAUAGACUAUCACAUAUCAAACGAAGAGCAUGACACAGAAUUCAGGGAAAGGACCACUUCACUGCAAAUCCCGAGAAAAUCUCGUGUCACACGAAUUCGAUGGAAAAGUAAUGAGAUUAUUUGAGCGAUCAUAACAAUUCUAAUCGCAGACUCUUCAUAUCAUAUUGUCCAAUAUAUAACACUAAUACGCCAAUAUCUCGACCAAUUCCUAGAAAUCUGUACUACAUUUAUCGACAAAACAAUCUACAAUCCAUCAGCAUAGCCAAGGAAAUCUAAAUCCCUGUGUUCUCAACGGAAAGCUAAUUGUUCAUCCCAGCGAUAUUUUUUGGAAGUCUGACUGGGACCAAAUGCAUUGUGUAAAAUAUGGAUAUUUUAUACAUCUUGAAUAUUAAAUUUGUUAUCUGCCUCCAUAUGAUAAAAAGUAAC